AUGCAGUGGUUGGAGGAAAAAGACAAUGGGAAUUGUUGUGAGCUAUCCACCGUCCCCACCCAGAACCAGGUGCUGGUCCCUGAGACCCUCCUGAAGAAGCGCAAGAGCCAGGAGCAGGCCCGCGCUGUUGCCCGCGAGGAGGCCCAGAAGAAGAAGGAGGCCAACAAGAACAAGCGUUCCGUUAUCUUCAAGCGUGCCGAGUCCUACGUCAAGGAGUACCGCGAUGCUGAGCGCGAGAAGAUCCGCCUGGCCCGCGUUGCUCGCCAGGAGGGUAACUUCUACGUUCCUGAGGAGCCCAAGCUGGUCUUCGUUGUCCGUAUCAAGGGUAUCAACAAGAUCGCUCCUCAGCCCCGCAAGAUCCUGCAGCUCCUGCGUCUGCUCCAGAUCAACAACGGUACUUUCGUUCGUCUCACCAAGGCUACCCAGGAGAUGUUGACCAUCAUCAACCCCUACAUUGCCUACGGUUACCCCAACCUCAAGAGCGUCCGUGAGCUCGUCUACAAGCGUGGUUACGGAAAGGUCAACAAGCAGCGUGUUCCCCUCACCGACAACCAGAUCAUCGAGGAGCACCUCGGCAAGUACGGCAUUGUCUGUAUGGAGGAUCUGAUCCACGAGAUCUACACCGUUGGCCCCAACUUCAAGCAGGCCAACAACUUCCUCUGGCCCUUCAAGCUCUCCAACCCCAACGGUGGCUUCCGCACCCGCAAGUUCAAGCACUUCAUCGAGGGUGGUGACUACGGUAACCGUGAGGAGAACAUCAACGCCCUCCUCCGCCAGAUGAACUAGAUUUCUUCCGUUGGACGGGUUUAUUGUUCGUACCGGGUUGUUCGGGUUAUGGACUACUGACUGGAUGUUGGUAUAAUGGUCCGAAUUCCGAGUUGAAAAAAAUUCAAAAGCUUUGAGCACUUGAUGACUUUACACGUUUAAUAUCCUUUGUAGUUGGCCGCCCUCGUCACUGUCGAUUCUACAUGCUGGUCAUAAUGAAUUGAAGUG